UGCAUUGAUGGUUUGACUAGAAAGCUAUGAUUUCUAAUACUUUUCUUUUAAUUAUAAAUACGAAACUGUGUUUGUCGUUCAUUAUAGGAUUGGAAGUUAAAAAAUACAAGUAAAAACAUAUUGUUUGUGGAAAAAUAAAAAUGCAUCAUUUGCUCACCGGAGAAGUAAGACGUAAUGUGGAAAGUAUACUCGGUAUGGACAAAGUGCCCGAUCGUUUAGAAGCCUACCUGCGUGGACAACUUGGAUAUACAGUACCAAACGCAUUCGCAGAUAAUUUUUCGAAAAGUUUCGACAAGUAUACAAUAAGAUGGUUCUGGAAAUAUGAGGAUAAAUCUGGUCCUUGGAGCAGCAUCGCAGAAAGUGACUUACUUAGGAAUCUACUGAAUCAAAGGGAUUAUGCUAUAUAUUAUGACAUAACAUGGGGCGGGUGGCUUUUUAGCUAAUUUGCUAAUAAUAUUUAUAUUCUACUGAUAAAACCCGUUGUUUUGGUACAUGAAAUUGGAUCGAUAUUAUUUGAUUUGUUUUACUGUAAUACGAAUAAAGGGAAGAUUACACAAAUUUUGAAAAUAU